CGAUUCUUCGUUCCCAGGGUUCCGUGAGAGCCGUUUGCCCCACCCCACCUCUUCAACGCUAUCUAUCUCAAUGUACAAUUCUCCGAGAAAAAAGGGGGCAAAAAUAAUUCAUAGUAAUACAGCAAAGAAACGUUUCUCAUUCCUCAUACCGGUUCCUCGGAGCAGACGCGGCGUCUAGGCGGCAAAACUAAGUGUCUCGACGUUGGAUCAGUGAUUGAAAACACCGCGGUAUGUUCAUGUCUCAUGCACAUGUAACCAUAUUUUACCAUACGGAUUCAAAGUGAAUACAAAAAGGCGAGAGACUUGACAGCGGGCUCUACCUGCGCCAAUCGGGAAAAUACCGGAGGAUUUUGUCAUUAUCACCUGGAUAUUGCGUUAUAUUCAAGGACACCCAGCUGACGAAAACCGCCUGGCUCGCCCGGAGAAGCUUCCCGAUGUGAGAAGAAACACAAAUUAACGUUUGUGGGUGAAACAGGACGGAGAAGGGGCCUCUUGUCGGGUCUGGUCGAACCCUGCGAACGGCCGAGCACCAGCAUCUGUUGACGGGGAGAGGAAAUCAUCCCGACGCCGGAUUAAAAGCCUUAUUAUCGAUAAGGCUGCGAACGACGACCCCCCCCCCAAGAACGGCGUAUAAUGUGACGGAUUUGUGGCAGAGAAAGAAGCCCCUGUGCAGCCCGAUGAUUCAGAUGCCGUCAUUUUAAGAGGAAAUAUUUAUUUUUUAUCCCCCCCCACCGCCCUCUGAUGCGCUUUGAUUAGUCGGAACGCGAAGGGCCCUCGAACACAACCAGCAGAAUUAGAUCUCUGACGCGGGGGAUACGGGUCCGGAGGAAGAAGCGGGGAUCUGGCUGUGAGCGGAGAUGAAUUGCAUGGCAGCGUGAGGGAUCUGCCGAAGAUGGGCUCCGCUGAAGACAUUUGCUAAGGAAAUUCGGCGCAGAGCAGGAAAGCAGCCGGCGUAUCGGUUCGGAUCGCCCUCACACAAACGGGACCACCGACGGCCGCCCGCGUGCGCUGCAAAGCCUGGGAAUUUCACGUCCACUCUCGCAUCGGCGUUGAUGACUUCAUUGCGGAUUUACAGUGAAAAACACGGGGAUCGAGCGUCCGAGAGGGCGGCAGCGCUACUCCGCUCCUCCGACUGAUCUCCCAUUGAUAAAUUGCCAGUAAAUAGCCACAUCCAUCCACAUCCAAUCGCGUCCAACCCCGGUGGGACCCAGCGUUCGCCUCCUGUCAGGUUUACCUCCGUUUCACGCGGCAUCAUAAAUGUCACCCAUUUUGAGCCAGGUGUUCUGUCACUGGACCCGUCUAGGAAUUUAGGAUCGAGGGGUUUCUCCUGAUCAGCACCCCCCUCCCUCCCUGACCGCCCGCCUGCACCCACCCACCCACCCUACCAACCACCCUGCCUCCCCCCUGAGCCUAUCACUGGGUUUUUGGGAAGAUGGGCUGUCUUGGCAAUAGUAAAACCGAAGACCAACGAAAUGAGGAGAAGGCACAGAGGGAAGCCAACAAAAAGAUAGAGAAGCAGCUCCAGAAAGACAAGCAGAUAUACCGAGCUACUCACCGGCUACUACUCUUAGGGGCUGGGGAAUCUGGGAAAAGCACGAUAGUCAAACAGAUGCGGAUACUGCAUGUUAAUGGUUUCAAUGCAGAGGAGAAAAAGCAGAAAAUCCACGAUAUUAAAAACAACAUUAAAGAAGCUAUAGAGACCAUCGUGGCUGCCAUGACUACACUCACACCGCCAUGCCAGUUAGCCUGUCAUGCAAACCAGUUCCGGGCCGAUUACGUCCUCAACCAAGUAAACCAGAAGGACUUUGAAUUUCCUUCAGAGUUUUAUGAUCAUGCAAAGAUCCUCUGGCAGGACGAGGGUGUGCGGGCCUGCUGGGAAAGGUCCAAUGAAUAUCAGCUCAUCGACUGUGCACAGUACUUCUUGGACAGAGUCGAUGUGGUCCGGCAGAACGACUACACACCCACGGAUCAGGACCUGCUGAGAUGCAGAGUGCUGACAUCGGGGAUCUUUGAAACGAGGUUUCAAAUAGACAAAGUCAACUUCCACAUGUUCGAUGUUGGAGGGCAGAGGGAUGAACGUAGAAAAUGGAUCCAGUGUUUUAACGAUGUGACAGCGAUCAUCUUCGUGGUGGCGAGCAGCAGCUACAACAUGGUGAUCAGAGAAGACAAUCAGACCAACAGACUACAGGAAGCACUCAACCUUUUCAAGAACAUUUGGAACAACAGGUGGCUACGGACCAUUUCGGUAAUCCUCUUCCUGAACAAACAGGACCUGCUCGCUGAGAAGGUUUUGGCAGGGAAGUCUAAAAUUGAGGAGUAUUUCCAAGAGUUUGCACGCUACACUACACCUGAUGAUGCAAUACUAGAGCCAGGUGAAGAUCCCAGAGUCACAAGAGCAAAGUACUUCAUCCGGGACGAGUUUCUGCGAAUCAGCACAGCCAGCGGGGACGGACGACAUUACUGCUACCCGCACUUCACCUGCGCAGUCGACACGGAGAACAUCCGCCGUGUCUUCAAUGACUGUCGCGACAUCAUACAGAGAAUGCACCUACGGCAGUACGAGCUUUUGUGAUGGCCAUCGGUCGGCCACUGACCCACUGACCCACCCGUCAGCCCCCUCACUACCAGUUAGCCAGUCCCCCCCUCCACCAACCUAACCAGACCACCGGGCGAGCCACUGACCACUUCCCCCUCCUCUCCAGCCUAAUUCAUCAUCUUCUGGUUACACAAUUUCAUAAAAACAAAAUGGUGGAAAGGUUUUUUUUUUUUUUGUUGUAGUUUUUUUCUUUUUUUUUUUAAGGAAACACUUAAGGAUACGCCAACAACAGUUUCAUCAACUAUUACCAGGAUUGACUGCUGUACUCGGCUUCACUUUGACCCAGGAAAGAGGGUCAAGACUGGAAUUCCUCAGUGUGGACAAACCUUCCUUUUAGCUCUCUUUCUCUCUCUCACUCAGAUAUUUGGACACACACACACACACACACACACACACACACACACACACACACAGGUACAUGCACACUACAGAAAGGCAUCCAGAAUCUUUAGAUAAUGUCAUAUCGCAGCCACACAGAUCCUUUUAAAACCAACAGCAGGUAGAGGCUGAAUUGAAUGAUGCAUCCUGAGAGUGAGGUAGUUUAUUCACCGCGUGCUGAAGAGAAAGUGAGAAAGACGGACACAAUACAGAGGAGGGCUGUGAGCCUUUUGUUUUUUUUUGUGCCCGAUGAUGGACAACAUAGACUAACAGCUGCCUGUGAAUGUGAGCGUGACUUAAAGACUUACAUGGCUGGAAGACGAGAAAGGAGUCGAGGAGGGAUGACAGGAAACAAAAAAGAAAAAUAUCAUACAAAAGCAUAAAAUCAUGCAUACCAGUGAACUUCAUGCAGUGCAAAAAAUCCAAGCUAUAUAUAUAUAUAGAUAUUUAUAUAUGUGUGUAUAUAAAUAUGUAUAUAUAUAUUAUAUAUAUAUAUAAAUAUAAAUACUAUAUAUUCCUGUAAUAACACGAUUCAACUUUUAGUUUUGUUAGUUUAUACGCCAUGUUGUGUGUUUGUGUACACUGUGUGUGAUCUGCCUCUGUGCACAAUUGAAAGCCACCUAGCCCCCACCCCACACCCAUGCACGCACACACACACACACGCACACACAUACCCACCUCACUUCUGCUGCUGUUUGAGAUCAACUCAAGGUGUGAAAAAUAAAGGAGAGAUUUUAUUUAAUGAGGAAAAACAAAAGAAAGCAUGAAGUAAAAGAAACUGACUGGAUGCAACAUUUUUUUCCUUGGAAGACACACACACACAUACACACACUCCAGCCUUCAUCGGUCCUCUUCCUGUCCACACAGCGUACCCCUCAUCACCUUCUCGUCUUGUUCUCUCACCUCUCCCGAUCUCACUUCCUCCCCCUCCUGGCUUUAAGUACGUCUGUCUUUAUUUUACUGCUGGACUAUUAUUCUUGUACAGACUGUAAAAUGUAUUAUUUUGUACAACUUUACUGAAGAAAAAAAAUACUUGUAGAAGAUCCCUGUGCCUUGAUCACGACUGUACGUGUAAAAAUGAGCUAAUAUGUAAGUUAUGUUUCUCUGCGCUGUACAGCUGGACGGGUCCGUCCCACCUUGCCUGUGCUAGCUCACCCCUCCCCUGAGGGCUGAGGGGGAAGAGCGUUGGAUCGGGGCGGAAGCCUUUCGUCUCUUGCUUCGUUUCCUUUUUCCCCCCCACAUUUGUUUGUUCAUUGACUCAUUGGUUUUGCUUAGACUCUCCUCUGGUUUAUAAAAUAGGACUUUAAAAAAAGAAAAAAAAACAUAACGAGAUCUGCCACCUUAAUGCUGUGUAGUGAAAGAUGCUGAACCCUAACACAAUUUAAUAUAUAUAAAAUAUAUUUCAGAUUUAUAUUUUAUAUAUAUAUAUAUAUAUAUAUAUAUAUAUAUAUAUAUAUAUAUAUAUAUAUAUAUAUAUAUAUAUAUAUAUAUAUAUAUAUAUAUAUAUAUAUAUAUAUAUAAAAUGUACUGUACACUUGUAUCUGUCCCUUGUGAGCUGCCCCCCAGAUUUCCUUUGCUUUCUGUCGGUAACAUCUGCAUUUGUUUUCAGAAGGUGGUGAUUCUGGGUGCAAUGAGAUGAAUAUUGUUUUUUUGUUUUUUUUUUUUUAUUUUAGCUUUAACUCUUUCAAAGAAGAUGGAAAUAUCAAAUUGCAAAACAUUGCUUGUUUCUACAUAAACCAAAUUCUUUUUGCUUAAACAAAAAGAUACAGUUGUA